AUGUACAUCAGCGACAGGGCUCUGCCACCCGAGGAUGUCACAGUCAACACGAUCGAGGGCCUCCUCCGUAUUCCCUCCCUGGCGUCGGGUCGUACGGAAGAGCAGCUGGUGGCGUCGUACUGUGGCGAGGAUGGGCUGGUCAUCGAUCCGGACUUCCCGCCGGGCAUAAGCUCCCUCAGGUACCCCGACGUCAACCAGCCCCCCGCCUCCGCGCCCUCCAAUGUGACGUGGCGCCGCGUGUCAGGCACCCUCUACUUCCCAACAGGAAAGACGCCACGGCUGUUGCAGGUGCACCUUAUGAAGAAGAGUGGGUGGCCGAUGCAGUUUAUGGGUGUGUUGGACUCGGGUGCCUUCCUCGGGGCACUGGCGGCAGUAGCAGCCUCGCGAGGCGGGGAGCUGCUUUUGGACUUGAUCGUUUCUGAUGACGCCGCCCCCCACGGGGCCUACACAUUUCAGUUCUUCAAGCACGGCUGCUGGCAGGCGGUGGUGGUGGACAACUACCUGCCGUGCGUGUCCGGGGAGGAGCGCCUGGCCUUCGCCUGCAGCGCAGUGGUGGGGGAGCUCUGGCCUAGCCUGCUGGAGAAGGCGUAUGCAAAGGUGCACGGCAGUUAUUACGCUCUGUCCGGCGGCUGUGUUCACGAGGCCCUGGUGGACUUGACAGGGGGUGUGGGUUUCAAGCUCAAGACGGACACGGGGGUGGCAGCGGCCGCGAUAAGGGAGGGCUCCUUGUGGGCCGACAUGCAGAAUUGGCUAGCUGCCAAGUCCAUUAUCGCGUGUGUGGCUCGCCGCAAAGGGCCCGCCAGAAACCGCUUCCGGCCAGACGCCCCCGCAUCGCCCACGGGUGACGGGGAAGGCAACGGGGCCCCGCUGGCCGUCGAUGACGCAGAGGGUGGUCCGUACGGCCUGCAGUACAACCAAGUCUAUUCCGUACUUGAGGUCCGGGCCGUUGGCGAGUCCAUUCAGUUGGUUCGGUUGCACUGCCCCUGGCCCAAGGGCAUGUGGAACGGACCGUGGGCCCUGGGUUCCCCCCAGUGGGACAUCCCCGCAGUCGCCUCGCACCUGGAGGCGUUCAGAGCCACCUGGGAUGACGAGGCAACCUUCUGGAUGCCGUUUGCAGAUUUCGCCGCCAUAUUCAACAGAAUCCACGUUUGCAGGAUGUUCCCCCCCUCAUGGCACCAGCUAACUCUCCAUUGCGGCUGGCAGGGCCCGUCAGCGGGUGGGCCGUACCACCUCCAGCCCCCCGACCCCGCAUUUCCCGCCACCGGCGCCGCCCCCGCCGCCGACCGCUCCCCAAGCCCUACCUUUCCCGCCGGCGGCGGCGGCGGGGGCGGUAGCGCCGGCAGUAGCAUCAGCGGCGCCGGGGAGCGUCCAAACGCCGCAAGCGCCGCCGCUGCCGUUAGCAGUACUUGGUGUUGCAAUCCGCAAUUCCGGCUAACUGUACGGAAGACGUGUGAGGUGGUGGUGUGUUUAGGGCAGCAAGAUCCAACGGUGUCGUACAGGUCCCACGUGCCGAAGCGACACCGCAAACGGGCAAUCGGGUUGCAGGUCCUCAAGGUCCCCCUGGAGGCGCUGGGUCGGCGGUGGGAGAUCCGCCCUGGCGAGGUGGUGGCCUCCCUGCCGCUGUCCACGGGGCGGGAGGUGGUGGCCUCGUUCAGAGCGUCCCCCGACUUCGCAUACGUGGUGGUACCCCAUGCAGGUCGAGCUGGAGAGGAGGGCGCCUUCAUCCUCCGCUCACUCAGCGCCUCCCCGCUGGAGGUGGAGCAGCUACCCGCGCCUUUGUGUCUGGUGGUGGGGGGUCAGUGGACGGGAUACCUGACAGGUGGCAACCGGCACUGCCCCCCAUGGGGCUCGAACCCGCAGUACAUGGUCAGCUGCAGCCAGAGAGCGCAGGUAGUGGCCUCACUCACCCGGCUAGAUCUCAAAUACGCGCUCAUUAAGGCCCCCCGAGAUCCAGCGCUGGAUCUGGAUCUCGUUCUGGCGCACCCGGAGCAAGGUCCAGAUGGUCCAGGCCGCCGUACUGCCGUACGGGAUUCGGAUCUUUUGGCGUCGGCUGCCCAGCAGCAGCUGCUGGGCAGCAACGAGGAGGUGGUUAUGUCGGUUGUUUUGGAGCCGGAAACGCCGUACGUGCUGGUGCCGAGCAUCGCCACGCCAGGUGUGGAGGGGCCGUACGAGCUGCGCCUGAUGAGCGGCGUUCCGCUGGAGCUCGUCCCAUUGCCAGAGAUGCAAUCCGUACAACUGCCCGGGGAAUGGUCUUCGGAGACGGCGGGGGGUUGCAACGUGAAUCCUCUCUGGCGCAGAAACCCCAAGUACUACAUCGUGCUUGCCAGCUUUGGCCGCGUCAGGAUCACCCUGAGCCGCGUCCCUAGUCGCAAGCCCCGUCACCCCGUGGAUGAUAUGUUGGGGCUGUACAUUCUGAGGGCAGCUGGCGCUGAUGGGGAAAUCAAGGUCACGAUCAAAAUCACAAAUUCCGCGGCAGCCUCACCAAGCCAAGCCUCGUAA